AUGUAUAUUCUACCGAUAAGAAAUUCACAGCUAUUGUCCGCAUGUCCGCCCGAUUAUCGACAAUUCUUGGCGAAUAUUUUACUGAGCGCAGAUCACGUAACGACAAGAUGGGACGGUGUUCCUUUGACCUCACAAUCUGCAUUGCUAGAUGCCGACGAUGGAGCCACCGUGAUCACCGAUACAAUCAAAGAUGAGACUGAGGAUAAAGAACCGAAAAAUUGUUUUCAACAAACUAUCAAGUACAUCAAAAUCUUGACUCCUCACGUGAUCUUGGUGGCCGUUCUCAUCGGAUAUUUGUGUCUUGGCGCCUGGAUUCUCAUGUUACUCGAGACAAAAACAGAGCUGAUGGCUAGGAGUAAAAAGCUUGUCAGAUUAACAAACAUGAUGACAAACUUCACAGCCGACUCUUGGAGAAUAGUGAAUGAAGCACAAGAGGGAAUGCGACGGAUAGACCAUCGAGAGUGGAAUGAUCUAUUCAAAGAGUACAUGUUAUCCGUUUCUGAAGUGGUUGAUGAUCGUCGACCAAUUCGAAAAGAGAUGAAUGAUCCAAUCGAUCUCACCAAUUUGCACAACAAAUGGACAUUUCCGACAGCGUUACUCUACGUAUUGACAGUGCUCACAACUUGCGGCUACGGAGAAGUCUCGGUCGACACAGAUGUGGGCAAAGUGUUCGCCGUUGUGUUCGCUCUUGUCGGUAUCCCGUUGAUGUUCAUCACUGCAGCGGAUAUCGGGAAAUUCCUCUCGGAAACGUUAUUGAAAUUUGUAGCGAAUUGGAACAAAAUGACAAAAAAGAUCAAGCAAUUCUUGUGCCGAAAUCGAUAUACUCGACGAAAAUCGGUUCACUCGUCGAAUGGAAACACGGACACGAUGGAGAUUUUGGGAAUGGAUGGCACAGAGGAGAAGCUGUGGUUCCCGAUUGGUGCCUACGUGGCGUGUAUUUGUCUCUAUUGCUCAAUGGGUUCUGCUAUGUUUAUCAACUGGGAGAGGAAUUGGUCUUUCAUUCACGCGUUUCACUUCGGUUUCAAUUUGAUCGUGACGGUCGGCCUUGGUGACAUUGUGGUCAAGGAUUACAUCUUUCUGUCGCUUAUCGUCGCUUUUGUUAUAGUCGGUCUAUCAGUCGUGACGAUGUGCGUCGAUUUGGCUUCAACACAUCUUAAAGCCUAUUUCACGAGAAUUCACUACUUUGGUCGAGCUAAGCGUUUCUUGGGGAUGAGUGAAGAGUUGAAAGAGAUUGUUGCACUGCUUGGAGCGAUGAGAAGGAAAAAGGGUGGAAAGGUCACCUGGAACGAUGUUCGCGAGUUUCUCGACAACGAGCUCCGCGAUCGGCCAUUCGAGCCGCACGAGCUUCUGAUGAAACUCCGUUUCAUCGACGAGACGAGUUCAGGUAUGUCAACAAUUCGACACAAUUCAUUUCAAAGCGAUUUCUUCCGCGAGGCCGAGUACAUUCGACGAGUGGCCGCCCUUCGCCCAGAUCAACCGGCUUAUUUG